GGCUCCUCCUCCGCCACCGCCUCGCCGGGGAUGCUGCGGCCGGGCCGGCUCCGGGAGCCCCGCGGAGCCCCGCGCCGCGCCGAGGAGCCAGCGGCCACCCGAGGCUUGGCGCUCCCGGCCGCACCGCGGGCUCUGCUAUGAUCUGGCGGCGCUGGGAGCAGCAUGGGCAGCGUCAGCAGCCUCAUCUCCGGCCACAGCUUCCACAGCAAGCACUGCCGCGCCUCCCAGUACAAGCUCCGCAAGUCCUCGCACCUGAAGAAGCUCAACCGCUACUCGGACGGGCUGCUCCGCUUCGGCUUCUCGCAGGACUCCGGCCACAAGUCUGGCUCCAAGAGCAGCAAGAAUGAGGAUUUCUUUUACAUCAAGGUCAGCCAGAAGGCGCACGGCUCGCAGCGGCCGGACUACACCGCGCUGGGCGGCGCGGAGCUGGCCGUGCCCACCGGGAGCAGCGCGCUGGACUUUGGGACGCCCACGCCACAGAAGUUGAUGCCCUUCCCCAGCCAGCUGGAAGUGGGCGGGGAGAAGCCGCUGCCUCGUCCCACGGCCUUCAAGCCGGUGCUGCCGCGCUCCGGGGCCAUCCUGCACUCGUCCCCCGAGAGCGGGGCGCCCCUGGCCCAGCAGCUGCACCCCCCGGAGAAGGCCAAGGAGCAGGAGCUGCGGCCACUGCCCUGCUCGGGGGGCCUGUCCGACUCCGGCCGCAACUCCAUGUCCAGCCUGCCCACGCACAGCACCAGCAGCAGCUACCAGCUGGAGCCCCUGGUCACCCCCAUGGGCCCCAUCAGCCGCUUCGGGGGCUCUGCCCACAACAUCCUGCAGUGCGCCAUCAUCCAGGACAGCAACAUGAUGAGCCUCAAGGCCAUGUCCUUCUCUGACGGCGGCAACAAGAUCCUGAACCCCGGCAAGGCGCCCCAGCACCGCGCCGCCGCCCAGAAGAGCGCCUGCAUGCGCUCUCCCAUUGCCACGGAUGAAUCCACCAUCCAGGAGCUGGAGCAGAAGCUGCUGGAGAGGGAGGGUGAGCUGCAGGAGCUGCAGUCGAGCUUCGAGGAGAAGGAAAUCAGCUCCUGCCAGGCCUAUGAGGAGAAGCAGCGGCGCUGCAAGGAGGAGCUGGAGGGGCUGAAGCAGAAAUGCAACAGCAAACUCAAGCAAACCUCGCAGAAAACGCAGCGGACGCAGCAGGUGCUGCACCUGCAGGUGUUCCAGCUGCAGCAGGAGAAGCAGCAGCUGCGGGAGGAGCUGGAGAAACUCAUGAAGGAGCAGAACCUGCUGGAGACCAAGCUGAGGUCCUACGAGAAGGAGAAGACCAGCUUUGCCCCAGCGCUGGAGGAGACGCAGUGGGAGGUGUGCCAGAAAUCCGGCGAGAUCUCACUGCUGAAGCAGCAGCUGAAGGAGUCGCAGACCGAGCUCACCACCAAGACCACGGAGAUCCUGAGCCUGAAGGCGCAGCUGAAGGAGGUGAGGCUGAAGAUGGAGGGGCUGGAGAUGAAGAGCCAGGAGCUGGAGGUGUCGCUGCGCACCAAGGCCAUGGAGCUGGAGGUGUGCGAGAACGAGCUGCAGCGCAAGAAGAACGAGUCGGAGCUGCUGCGGGAGAAGGUGAACCUGCUGGAGCAGGAGAUCCUGGAGCUGCGCUCCGAGCUGGCCGCGCUGCGGGAGCAGCUCCAGGGGCUCCCCCGGCCGGGCGGGGACGAUGCCCAGGCCCUGCAGGGGCAGCUGGAGAGGCUGCGGGCCGAGCUGAAGGCGGAACGCGACAACAACGAGCAGAUGAGCUGCAGCUUCCAGCACGAGCGGCAGACGUGGAAGGAGGAGAAGGAGAAGGUGAUCCACUACCAGAAGCAGCUGCAGCAGAGCUACCUGCACAUGUACAAGAGGAACCAGAGCCUGGAGAAGAUGCUGCAGCAGCUGGCGGCGGGCGAGGACGGCAAGGAGCCCAUCGAGCUGGAGAUCCCCGGCGGCACCGACGUCCCCUACGAGGACAUCAUCGCCACCGAGAUCUGAGCCACCAGGGGAGCUGUUCCCUCCCCGCCGUGCAGUGUCCCCCUGUCCUUCCGCCGCCCGUCGUGUUCCAGAGGUGACCAAGCCACUCGUGCCAAUGGUGACGUGCCCGCAGCUCCCCCACCCUGGCACUGCCCCCUCUGCCCCCGGGCAGGGAUCAGGACUCCAGGGAAUUCUCUGCCAUCCGUGCCCAGUGCCCAGGGGAUGCUCUGCUCCAGGCUGGGGGGACACAGCCUGGCCCUGCUCUGGGGAUGGCACAGCUCUGGGGAUGGCACAUCUCCAGGGAUGGCACAUCUCCAGGGAUGGCACAGCACCAUCCUGCUCGCUGAUGGUGGCAGAAAUCAGGCCAAUGUGUGCCCAGCUCCAAGGAUGGCACAGCACAGUCCUGCCUGUUGAUGGUGGCAGGAAUCAGCCCCAAUGUGUGCCCAGCUCCAAGGAUGGCACAGCACAGUCCUGCCUGUUGAUGGUGGCAGGAAUCAGCCCCAAUUUGUGCCCAACUCCAAGGAUGGCACAGCACAGUCCUGCCCACUGACGGUGGCAGGGACCAGCCCCAAUUUGUGCCCAUGUCUGGGGAUGGCAGAGCACCAUCCUGCCCACUGAUGGUGGCAGGAAUCAGCCCCAGUGUGUGCCCAUCUCUGGGGAUGGCACAGCACCAGGGAUGGCACAGGUCCAGGGAUGGCACAGCACCGUCCUGCCCACUGAUGGUGGCAGGAAUCAGCCCAAUGUGUGCCCAGGAAUCAGCCCCAGUGUGUGCCCAGCUCUGGGGAUGGCACAGCACUGUCCUGCCCACUGAUGGUGGCAGGAAUCAGCCCCAGCUCCCUGGAGGAAGCUCCCACUCCUCCUCACCCUCCUUUGUCACCGUGGGAGCGCAGAGCCACCUCCAGCCACUGCCACAUCCACCCCUGCCAGCCCGUGAGGGCCUCAGGAAGGUCCCCACCUGCUCACACCCCCUACUAUGGCCCAACUCACUGAAAUCACCCUGAGAUCACCCUGAUUUCACCCCGAAAUCACCCUGAGAUCACCCUGAAAUCACCCUGAGAUCACCCUGAUUUCACCCCGAAAUCACCCUGAAAUCCUGCUGAAAUCACACUGAAAUCACCCUGAAAUCACCCUGAGAUCACCCUGAUUUCACCCUGAAAUCACCCUGAAAUCAUGCUGAAAUCACACUGAAAUCACCCUGAGAUCUCCCUGAGAUCACCCUGAGCUCCCCAUUCAGUCCAAGCGCAGCACCCACUGCCCUCCCUCCGCUGGCAUUCUCAUCUCCCUGGGACAAGGACUCCGUCCCUUCUCCCGGCUGCCAGACAGCAGCUGGAUCUGAGGAUUCACAGGAAUGUCCCAGCCACGUUCUGACCAGGGAAUGGGGUUUGUGUUCACCCCAGAGCCCCCUGCACUCGCUGGGGCUGUCCCUCCCGGCUGCCUUAUCUCCUCCCCUGCCCUGAUCCUGCAGGAUCCGGCCCAGGGAAGCUGGUUAAACACCCCAAACCAACCACUUCCACCUUAACUUCUACCCCAGCUCUUAAAAGUUCCUCCUGCCACCAGCGAGUGGCUCCACAGAUACCGAGGUGGCCCUGCUGGUGGCCCUCGUGUCCCCCUGGGUGGGGAGGGAACCAGCAGGACCCAGCUUGUGGGGUGGGGGCCCCAGGGGACCCCUCCGUGCCAGUGCAAUGAUAUUUUUGCUGCAAUUAUUUACCCACUGCCCCAUUCCAGGGCUCUUGGGGGGGUGGUUCUUGCACAAUCCCAACGCCGCCAAUUCGGCCACGGGCUCCGAGCUGUGCGAAAUUCCGCGUCCCUCGCGCCACUGCAGCCUGGAAAGGUGACACACAGGAACCAGUCUGUGCCUUCUGCGCCCAGCCCUGAGCACCCCAAACCACUGCGCCAGCUCUCCCGGCUGGACCUGGCACUGCCCAGCCACUCCUGGCACUGCCCAGCUUUUCUUGGCACUGCCUGGCCAGUCCUGGCACUGCCCAGCCAGUCCUGGCACUGCCCAGCUGGGUCUGGUACUGCCCAUCCACUCCUGAUACUCCCCAGCCACUCCUGGCACUGUCCAGCUGGUCCUGGCACUGCCCAGCUGGGUCUGGUAGUGCUCAUCCAGUCCUGGCACUGCCCACCCACUUCUGGCACUGCCCAGCCUUUCUUGGGACUGCCUGGCCAGUCCUGGUGCUGACCAGCCAUACCUGGCACUGUCGAGCCAGGUCUGGUAGUGCCCAUCCAGUCCUGGUACUGCCCAGCCACUCCUGGCACUGUCCAGCUGGGCCUGGCACUGACAAGCCUGGCCUGGCACUGCCCAGCCACUCCUGGCACUGCCCAGCUCGGUCUGGCACUGCCCAGCCAGUCCUGGCAUUGCCUAGUUGGGCCUGGCACUGUCCAGCUGAGCCUAGUACUGCUCAGCCAUACCUGGCACUACCCAGACAGUCCUGGCACUGCCCAGACUUUCUUGGCACUGCCCAGCCACUCCUGCCACUGAACCAGCCGGUCCUGGCACUGCCCAGCUGAGCCUAGUACUACCCAGCCAUACCCAGCACUGCCCAGCCAUACCCAGCACUGCCCAGCCGGUCCUGGCAC